CAUCAUCACAAUAUCAUCUGCUACUUUGCCACCAAAAUCCCUCCAACUCUCCUCCGCUCUUCCGAAUUCCCCCCACCAGAAAUGAUGAAAAUCGCUCAAAAUCCAUUCACAUGCUCCCCAUUUUACCCCUCUUCUUCCCAUCUCAAACCCUCAGUCGCCUCUGCUACCGUUCGUUAUCAUUCCCCGCAGGCAGACAAUGUCAGUGUCAACCUCAUUUCUGUGAACAUGCCAUUCACUAAAACUUGCAAUGCAAUUGCAAGAAAUGGAGAAAAUCAUAAGCAUGGUUUCCUGAGAAAAGCUAAGACAUCUGUUCAAGGAGAUCUUCUUACAAAAGAUUCUAUUGCUAUUGGAGAUGAUAAUGGUAUUGGAGUUGUUAGCAUCCAUCAUGUUGGAUUUCUAUGCCAAAACCUUGAAAGGUCACUUGAAUUUUAUCAGAAUGUCCUAGGUCUUAAGAUAAAUGAAGCAAGGCCACAUGAAAAGCUCCCCUACAGAGGUGCUUGGUUAUGGGUGGGUUCUGAGAUGAUUCACUUGAUGGAGCUUCCAAAUCCAGACCCCUUAACCGGGCGUCCUGAACAUGGGGGCCGAGAUCGUCAUGCUUGUAUUGCAGUUCAAGAUGUGUCAAAGCUGAAAGAGAUUUUCGAUAAAGCAGGUAUCAGCUACACUCUCAGCAAAUCUGGGAGACCAGCAAUCUUUGCACGAGAUCCGGAUGAAAAUGCACUAGAAUUCACCCAAGUAGGUUGAGAUAUCUCAUAUAUAAAAGCUUGGAGACACUUAUAUACCUUUUAUCCUAUCAUAUCCUCUUGUAAAUAACAUAAACCUUAAUAAGAUGCCAUUUCUACCACUGACAUCAUGUGUUUUCAUGGGACUUGAACCUUAAUAAAAUGCCAUUUCUACCACU